AUGUCUGUGGGUGGGCAUGCGGGUCAGCUGGGCCAGGGAGGGACGACAGGAUGUGGACACAUGCUAGUAGACAAUGUCCUCACGGCCAUGCACCUAGGGGACGGGCUGCAGGAGUAUGCGGAUGCCUGCUGGGACGGGCUGCUGGAUAGGAUGACUUUGCUGCCGUGUGUUUUGAGCACGCGUGCAGUGAACUCCUUGUCGCCUGGUGGCGGCCUUGAGCAUGGUGACAGCCUUGGGGCUGGUGUGGUGGUCAACAAAGAUGUCUGCGGCGAGCACACACAUGAGGGCAUGGUUGUGUGGGAACGUGCUCGUCGCCAAUUUGUACCUGUGAAAUGCAGCAGUGAUGGCACUCACCUGAAGCCCCAGUAUGGCUCCCACGAUUCACCCCCAACAGCCAUUCCAAGAAUGCUUGCUUGCCGCAUGCCUGUUAUAAAAGCUCUCGCUAGAACAGGAGCGAGGUACUGGAACAAGACCCCCAGGCGACAAUUGCCGCAAACAGGACAUGAACAUGUGGGAAUGAGAAAUGUCGACGUGGUGCUGGCCGCAGAUCUCCCUAUUUGGACUUGUUUGACCUGCUUUGUGCUGGGACGCUAA